UCGUAGCACCUUAGGCCUAACGAAUCCCGAGGCUCUCAUUACACAUCACGACGUAGCGCGAAAGCAGUUCUAAAAAAAGCUCCGUCUGUUAGAUGCGUUAGCGUUAGUGUUAGCGUCCAGAGACUUAGGUGCUUGCUUUGGUGGACUGGGAUGGGAGUGUAGGCGACUGGCUCACUCGCUUGGUACCCCCUGGUCCAUUCGACGCAGCUAUUUUCACACGUCUCGCCGAAUUCGCAUCGACUGCCUACCGUUCACUCCGCAGAAGCCCCGUCUGGGCGACGCUUCGCGAAUUCGCCUCAACUUUUCGCUACUUUGCUUCGCAGCUACCUCUUCGCGAACGGCACUGGCUCUUCUCGAAUUCACGCCUGCAGGUUCCACCCCGAUCGGCAGCCGUAUGUCUCUCACCUGAUCCGUCCGAUCGUCAGCGCGCGAUCAGGGCCGUCCGAUCAUGAGGAGCCAGGGUUUGGUGGCGCAUAAGACGCCUAGAUCGGGCGGAGGCGCGAACCUCAAGGCUCCGUUAAAAGAGCUCUUCGUUUGCCGUUAUGAGGACGUGUUUAAUGGCCGUAGCCCGAUCAGUACGUGCCGGGAGAAAGGGUUCGAGGGACGGCAGGAGCUGCAACGGUUCUGGGACGAACUACUACUGUUAAAAGUCAACGAGGCCUACCUUGCGCAGUGCAUCGCUUCCAUUCCCGAGGACCGCCUCAUCGGUCCACUCAAACCCACCAUCAACGAGAUCUUCGCUGCCUGCCUCAGAUAUCUGGGCGACGUGAAUUUCAUCCGAGUGGCCCAUGCGCUUGAAACCCUAGCCGUGUUCCUGAGAGAGGUCUUCAAGAAGAGGUUCGGGGAGCAGACCUUCACCAUUAUCACGCUGGUUGCAGGCAACGCGGACAGUGGCGACGCCUAUUUCAAGAAGCUCAUCUGCGAUGUGUCCACCCUGCUCACAGGGGAGAACGUGCCCGUGCUGGUCAAAGCACUGGGGACCAGGCUAUUUCUUGUCCUCCUAACCGCCACAGACAACGUCAACGCGAAUCCCGUGGCCUCGUACCUCUUCCUGCACCCCAUCACGGACCCCCUGCUCGCCCUGCUCACCCUCUCCCCGCCGCACCACCGCCAGCGCCUCGAGUUCGACACCUCCCUCGUCCUCCUCCUGCUGCUGCUCUGGCGGCGAGCCGCCAACCCGUACGCGGAUAGAAUCGCCUCUACGGCUACGGCUCCCCUCGUCCCCUUGCUGCAUACCAUUCACUCCCUGCUGUCCCUUUCGCAAGAGCCUGAGCUGCAGUUUCGUGGGGCGGGUGGAGGGGGAGGGGAAGGAGGGGGAGGGGGAGGGGGGGUGGGAGGGGGAGGGGGAGGAGCAGGGGUGGAAGGGGCGAGGGGAGGGGUGGGUUCAGGAGGGGUUGGUUCGUAUUUGCCUUCUAUGGAGGUGAUUUCGUCUCAGGCGGCUUCUGCUUUGUCUGUAGUGGCGUUUGCCACGUCAGCAGCCACCCAGGCGCUGUACAGCUAUGCGAGCACGGCUAUAGGGGGGAUAGCUAGUGGGAAGGGGCUGACCAUGCUGCCCCCUAUAACGAGUGUGAUUGUAGAGAAGUUUACGGAGAGGGGGAGUGGAGGGGGGGAGGUGGACAGUCAGUGGGCCUAUGGCACGUGCGGUGUGCUGCUGCUGUAUUUCCUCGUGGCGCUCAACCCCACUGCGAGAUCGCCCUCUUUAUGGCCGCAUGAAGGCUUUAUAGUGGGAGCCGGCAAGUCCAUCUCGCUCCUAUGGGGCGAUGUGCUUCGGCUGCUACUGCUCACGUGCCGAGACGCCUUUGAACCCCAUGCACUGCAAGGGGAAGGGGGCCUUCCAAGAGCCAAGGUUCUUUUCCUCAUCGCGCGCCUCUUGCUGGAGGAGCGCCAUACAGCCGAGUUUCUCUUCCGAUGCGACCCCGCCACCUUCCUCAUGCACUCGCCAGAGCCUCCCAGCCCAUCAUCACCCGCCAUGUCCCCCCGCUCCCCUCGCACCCCAUCAUCGCACCCCGUCUCAUCCAUGUCUCAUGCGUUCUUCAACAUGGGAGUAGCCGUCCUCUCUCUCCCCCUCCCCCCCACUCCCGCCCCCGCCCAACCCUCCUUCAACACGCUCCCCCCCUCCGUCUCACACUCCUCCUCUAACCCCCCUUCCUCCUCGUCCUCCUCCUCUCACCCCCCUCACUCCUCCUCCUCCUCCUCCUCUACCCCCUCCUCGGCCUCCUCGCAACCUGCACAUUCAAUGGAUCCGGACGCGUUGGUUCGGGCGGCGGUGGUGGUGUCACUGGUGGUCAACUUUGCGCGCGCCAAGGGGGUGCCCCUCAGCACAUCAACGGUUGACUGGUUUGGGCUCUGGCGCUCCCUCGUUCGCAUCUGCGACUGGUGCCGGGCUGAUAGCAACUUCCAGCGGCCAGGGGCGCCAGAGGUGGCUGAGAUCGCCCUAGGACUUCUAGAAGCAUGCGUGGGCGCGGGAGCAGACCUGAUUGCUGGCCCGGGGGUAGGAGGCUCAGGAGUGGGCGGGUGCGACGAUCUGGAGAUGCUGCACGCGCUGCUGCUGACCCACAUGGCGGUGUUUGAAGGGCUACAGGCGACGGCUGAGCGAAUCACCUUUGGGGAGGCGGCUAAGGUGUCGAUCACUGGAGGGAUCAAGAUGGUUAACAUCAAGGAGUUAAGAGACCACUACGAGGUGCAAGCGGCAGGCAUGGGCAUGCGACUGGGCAGCAUGACGGAGGAGCAAGCCCUAGCUGUGAUCCGCAAGAAGGGGAUGACUGGACUCAAGGUGAAGCCACGUCAUGUGGGCCCCACACACGUGUACUCAGAGGGCACUGCGGAGCUGAGGGUUCUCACUGCUACCACUCGCCUGCUGGUGGCGCACCACCGGAGAAAUUUCUGGUCGCUGCUGCCCAAGCUGGAGCUCGAAAACUAUUGACUGGAGAAAUUUCUGGUCUGUGUUUGAGGCGCCUCAGAAGGGGCGCAACCAGGGCCUACUUUUGGAUUUUUACUACCGUAAACGCCCGGAUAGAAGACCCCUAUGUCUUAUCAUAUACCGACCUAAGAAGUGGUGAAAUUUCUUAUAAAUGGAAAAAACCAGGGGGUGUGUAUCUUAUAAAU